CACUUCACUUGCUUCGAGGCGCAACCAAGCCACACAAAUGGGUGCUCCUCGCGGCCUCCGGCGACACGCUGCCGCCUCCGCAUGCCCCCUCCUCGCGUUCGCCGUCCUCCUCGCGUUGCCGGGCCUCGCCGCCGGCGCCGUCACCCGGCGCUACACGUUCAAUGUGGGGAUGACGAGCGUGACGCGGCUGUGCGGCACCAAGAGCAUCCCGACGGUGAACGGGCAGUUCCCGGGGCCGAGGCUGGACGCGCGGGAGGGCGACCGGCUCGUGGUCACCGUCCACAACCACAUGAGCCGCAACGUCUCGUUCCACUGGCACGGGCUACGGCAGCUGCGCAACGGGUGGGCGGACGGGCCGGCGUACAUCACGCAGUGCCCGAUCCAGCCCGGGCGGAGCUACGUGUACGACUUCACCGUCGCCGGGCAGCGCGGCACGCUGUGGUGGCACGCGCACCUCUCCUGGCUCCGCGUGCACCUCUACGGGCCUCUCCUCAUCCUCCCCGAGCUCGGCGUGCCCUACCCCUUCGCCGCCCCCUACAAGGAGGUGCCCAUCAUGUUCGGCGAGUGGUUCAAGGCCGAUACGGAGUCGGUGAUCAGCCAGGCCCUUCAGACUGGCGCUGGCCCAAAUGUCUCCGACGCCUACACUUUCAAUGGGCUCCCCGGCCCAACUUAUAACUGCUCAUCCAAAGACACGUACACGCUGAAGGUGCGGCCCGGGAGGACGUACAUGCUCCGGCUCAUCAACUCGGCGCUCAACGACGAGCUCUUCUUCGGCAUCGCCGACCACACGCUCACCGUCGUCGAGGCGGACGCCAACUACGUCAAGCCCUUCACCGUCAGCACGCUCGUCAUCUCGCCGGGGCAGACCAUGAACGUGCUGCUCACCACGUCCGCCAGCCCUUCGUCCCAGGCCUUCGCCAUGGGCAUCGCGCCGUACACCAACACCCAGGGCACGUUCGACAACACCACCGCCGCCGCCGUCCUCCAGUACGACGCCCCGACGCCGCCGAGCUCCGCCCAGAGCCUCCCCCUGCCGGCCCUGCCGCGGUACAACGACACCAACGCCGUGGCCAGGUUCACGAGCAACUUCCGGAGCCUCGCGAGCGCGCAGUACCCGGCGCGCGUGCCGCGGGCCGUGGACCGGCACGUCCUGUUCACCGUCGGCCUCGGCACCGACCCGUGCCCGUCCAACCAGACGUGCCAGGGCCCCAACGGCACCAAGUUCGCCGCGUCCAUCAACAACAACUCCUUCGUCCGGCCCAGGACCGCGCUCCUCGAGGCGCACUACCGGCGCCGCUACGCCGGCGUGCUCAUGGCCAACUUCCCGACCACGCCGCCGCACCCGUUCAACUACACCGGCACGCCGCCCAACAACACGUUCGUCGCCCACGGCACGAGGGUGGUGCCGCUCAAGUUCAACACCUCGGUGGAGCUGGUGAUGCAGGGCACCGCCAUCCAGGGCGCCGAGAGCCACCCCCUGCACAUGCACGGCUUCAACUUCUUCGUGGUCGGGCAAGGGUUCGGCAACUACGACCCCAUCAACGAUCCGGCCAAGUACAACCUCGUCGACCCCGUCGAGCGGAACACCGUCAGCGUGCCCACCGCCGGCUGGGUCGCCGUGCGGUUCCUCGCCGACAACCCAGGUGUGUGGCUUAUGCACUGCCACUUCGACGUCCACUUGAGCUGGGGCCUCUCCAUGGCGUGGAUGGUCGACGACGGGCCGCUGCCCAAUCAAAAGAUGUUGCCUCCGCCGUCCGAUCUUCCGAAAUGCUGAUGACUCGUACAAGGGCGAAGAUCUGCGCAUGAUUUCUUGCCUGCCGACCGCAUUUCUAUCUUCAUGGUCGACGUACCAACUACCAACUCCUUGAUCUGGACUGUUUAAUUUGUACUGUUGUGCUGAUUUUCUGGGAAGUCACUGGACUUUGUUUCCACGCACUUGAAUUCCCGUUUUGAAUCCGAAUAAGAAGUGACAAACUGUUUUUUCUUGGACACCUUUUCUUGGUGUGUACACCCCAUGUAAUAUGAGUUACCACCUCUUGAUCACUUAUAGUAUCCCAAA